AUGCUGGUCCUCAUCCUGCGACAGCGGCUCCAGUUUCUUCUCUAUCUAGGUGUCAGAAGAAGGUCGAGUGAACUCCAAAGUCCAGCCCAAAAACUCCAGAUGUCCAGCAAAGUGGCCGUUGGCAGCGACAUUGGGCGGGCCCGCCAGGCGGUGGAGCAGCUGCGGAUGGAGGCCGGCAUGGACCGCGUGAAGGUGUCCAAGGCGGCCACCGACCUGCUGCAGUUCUGCACGGAGCAGGCCAAGAGCGACCCCUUCCUCGUGGGCAUCCCGGCUGCCACCAACCCCUUCAAAAAGAAGAAGCCCUGCGCCAUCCUCUGACCCCGGGGCAUCAAUAAAUGUGAAGCGAAUGCUCCUCGGGCGUGGCUUGGCGGGCUGGGAUGGGGGGCAAAGGGGGCUGCAGGCUGGCAGGGGCCGGGCGUGCACCUGGCCCAGCCUCCCUCCCCUGCCCACUCCAGGGUCACGGCCACAGCAGCGGGCACACGCACACACACACACACACACACACCAUGGACCCUGGAUGGAAAAGCACACACCUCCCCCACCCCUCCCUGUCCCCACACCUGUGGUGG